ACACAUACACACACACACACACACACACACACUCUCUCUCUCUUUAGCGCAUAUGUGAGUCAGCAAAACGCUCGCUGCGUGUGGAGCUUCAUGGCCAGUGGAAGUGAGAGCUGCUGUUACAUCAGCACCAUGUGUGAAAGAUGAUCCAGGGCUGCUGACUGAAGCACAAGAUGCUGCUCCUGCAGUGUCGUGGCCCCUGAGGCUAGAUUAGGCCUGUACAGACUGAAUGUGUGUCAGCACGCAUGUCCUGUCACACCUCACCGUAUGUGUCCAAAGGUCUGCUAGACCUUGUGCAAUUUCACUCAGUACGACUAUUAGGGGGAAAGCAGCUGGAAGAAGGAGUGAAACAGCGUAACUUCUGCAUUACAAAUAACGAUGGCAUUAUUGUUCCUGCCAGGACUGGCUCGUGUGGCCGUAUGUGGCGGCACCCAUGGAAACGAGCUGUCCGGUGUGUACGUGGUGCAGGAGAUGGAGCGACAGCGGAAAGAGAAGGGAGAGUGCGCGUGGCCGAUCCCCGUUAAAACCGUGCUGGCGAACCCACGGGCUGUGAAAGAGUGCAGAAGAUACAUUGACCAGGAUAUGAACCGCUGCUUCAACAUAGCCACGCUGAGUUCUCCUAUUACAGACAGCAGCCCAUAUGAAGUCCGGCGUGCUCAGGAACUGAACAAACUUCUGGGUCCGAAAGGAUCCACAGAUGCAAUCGACUUGAUCUGUGACCUUCAUAACACCACGGCUAACAUGGGCCUCACACUGAUCCAUUACACGACCAGUGACUGGGUGACUCUGCACAUCUGCAAAUACUUACAGACUAAGAUAACCAAAGUGCCUGUGAGAGUGCUGGUACUGGAUAUCCCGAUUAGUGAUGCUUAUUCCUUGGAGUCUGUAUCCAAGCAUGGCUUUUCAAUAGAGGUCGGGCCGCAGCCGCAUGGUGUCGUCAGGGCUGACAUCUAUAGCAUUAUGAAAGAGGCCGUCGACUUGACAAUAGACUGGAUCCACAAAUUCAACUCAGGAAUGGUGUUUGAAGGCGGGGAUGUGGAAGCCUUUGAGUUUAUUAAAAGUGUUGAUUAUCCCAGAGAUCCAGAGACUCGGAGUCUCACCGCUGCUAUUCAUCCUCAGCUGCAGGACAGAGACUUCUGUCUCCUAAAGCGGGGAGACCCUUUGUUUUUGUCAUUUUCUGGAGAAACUGUGAAGUAUGAAGAAGAAGAGCCACUUCAUCCUUACUUUAUCAAUGAAUCUGCCUACUAUGAAAAGGAAAUCGCUUUUCACUUGGGAAAAAAGAUGACGCUGACAAUUCCAUCGGUGCAGGUGCAGAAAGACUGAAGGAUGAGAGAGGAGAAGAUAUGAAACUCAGCAUGAUUACCAACACCAAUCAGAUGAUUUUAAAAGAAUGUCACUCAAAUUAUUUGAACAAUGACUUGUUACUCAGGUACAUUACACACUUGUUUGUAGCUAUAUGACAAUGAAAGACUCAUUUUGAUCUGCUGCUAAAUCACAAGCAACUUUGUUCUGGAUGAAAAGAUAUUUAUUGUGACCAGCAAAAUGUUCACUUGACAGCAACGUGUACAAAACUGUAUAAAAAAGGCGAAACCAUCUAAAGUAUUUCAGACACCAUCGUGAUGAUGUCACAGUGGGCUGUGGAGUGUGAGGUAUCCUCUUGACUGUAUUGCUCAUAUGUUGCUCUCGCCUGAUUGCUUUAACAAAAUUGAGCCUCUCAGUGGCUCGGAAUAAAAGACAAAAUAAAAAGCACAUUCACUUGAACAAAAUAUGAUCUCAAAAUACUACAACACACGGAAUAAACCACAUGACACAAUGAAUAAAGUGAAGCUAGAUGUGCACAGUGAUGAUUUUUACCACUGGUACAAUUUUUGCACAAUAUACAAUCUCAGUGAAAUCUUGAGUAAAAUCUCAAACGGACGCCACGUCAUCAGAUUUUUACAUCAUGACAUAUGUGAAGAAUGACAGCAGUAACUGGAUGUCCAUAACAUUUGACAUUAAGCUGUUGCAUUAUUUUCACCAAUAUUAUGAGUGUCAGUUUGCAAAGUAUAACAAAAACAGCAUGUUGGAAAAAAAUCACAUAACGUGCACCAGCUAAAUGUUUUAUAUGAAACAAAAAUAAGUAUAAACAACCACAAAAUACUGGAUUCUAAACAAAGUUACUAAUCAAGUGUAAACUACAUAAAGAUUACAUUCUCAAAGAGAAACCAUAUUGUAAACAACAGAGGAAAACCAAAAAUUAUAAAUAAGCAAACAAAAUGAUCAGGAAAACACAAAAGGCUCAAGUGGUUAAUGAUUAUGACGGAUACAAACAUUCAGUCUUUCAAGCCGAGACAAAACCCUAUUGCAUCUUGGGAUUGCUACGCGCUAAAAUGCAAUCACAUCAAGAUGUAACCGAGUAGCUACAACACAGGCUAAAAAA